AAAUCACAGAUUACCAAAAAACGACAGCUGCGGUGUUGGUUGUGUAAUUUGUGUUGUUUUCAUUUUAUUUUAAUCGUAAAAAUAGUUUAUAUUUCAACAAGAGAGUAGUAAAGUGUGUAACAGUAACAGGCACAAGCUAGAUAUCAUCCGAACUAUUGUUUCCAGGGGGAUUUGUUAUGAGAUCAUUACAACUUUACAAAUUUUUACUUCGUGAAUGUGAGAAGCUCCCGCCAGACGCUUGUAAACAUUACAAAUUCUCAAUAAAACAAAGUUUCAAACAACAUAGAUUUGAGCCCGAUUCAAACCGAGUUAAGGAAAUAAUUACAAAAAGCAUAGAAGAUGCCAAAUGGGUGGUAAAUAAGUAUACAAAGAAAUAAUGGAAUUCACACCAAAAUUAAGAAGAUAUAGAAAGCAUGCUUUUAUCCACGACAAAAGAAUAUCGUAAUUGAAGACUAAGUGAAUACAUAAAAAUGAAUGUUUUUGGGGAGAAAAUACAAGACUACGAACUACUUGAACAUCUGGGAAAGGGUGGGUUCGCCCACGUGUACCGUGCAAGAUGCCAGAGAACCGGCCUGUUUGUGGCCAUCAAAAUGAUAGACAAAGCUCUGAUGGCGAGUGCUGGCAUGAUUGGCCGAGUCCGUCAGGAGGUCACCAUACACUCUCGACUCAAGCAUCCUGCCAUCCUGGAAUUGUUUACUUUCUUUGAAGACGCCCACUAUGUUUAUUUAGUGUUAGAACUGGCACAUAAUGGAGAGCUUGCUAAACAUUUCAAACUGGGAACUCGAGGCCUCUCAGAGAAGGCAGCCGCUGACAUCUUCAGACAAGUAGUGAGUGGAGUGCUGUACCUGCACACACACAACAUCAUACAUCGAGACUUGUCUCUGAACAACCUGCUGCUCACCAAAGAUUUAAAUGUUAAAAUAGCAGAUUUUGGACUAGCAACCCAGUUGAAUGGACCAGAUGAGAAACAUGUGACAAUGUGUGGGACCCCCAACUACAUAUCUCCCGAGGUGGCUAUGCGCGAGCUGCACGGGCUGCCGGCGGACGUGUGGGGGCUCGGCUGCAUGCUCUACACGCUGCUCGUGGGCAGCCCGCCCUUCCACACGCAGCACGUUAAGACCACUCUGAACAAAGUCAUCAAUGCGGACUACAAGAUACCUGCUGAACUAUCACUCCAAGCACAAGAUUUGCUACAAAAGCUCUUGUGUAAAGAUCCCAUAAAGAGGAUUACUCUGAAAGCUAUCAUGGAACAUCCAUUUGUAAAUCAUUCUGUUCUAUCGAAGCAGGAAAUGUCCAGAGAUUCUGGUUUUUUAACAACCCUUCAUAGUACUCAGCAUAGUAGCAAACUGAGACCUGAUGAAAGGACAAAUUCAGGUAUUCUUGCAUUUGGCAGGGAUCACAAUUUUGGGCCAAAAGAAGAGCCCAGGCAUGCCUCAUUCAACAUGUUCCCGGGGUUUUCAGACGGCAACAUGCCCUCGGCGCAGAGCAGUGGCUACAACCACCAGAUGAGUGUCGAUAACAGAGGUCCAGACUUGUACUGUGCUAAUAAACAGCAGAAGAACAAUUUUUCUCUCGACAUGUUUGACAAUCCUCCAAAAGUGCCUUCAGUUACAGAUAAUUUUAGGAGGUUGGAGAUAAAAGGUGCUGCUGCUGAGUAUCAAAAUGAGUGUGAAAACAAAGAGAACAUAAGUAAAGCGGGUGGUGUGGGGCGCACGACGAUCGGGGUCCCGCCGCUGUGCGCGGAGCGGCUGCCGGCGCUGGCGCACCGCACGCGCAACGCCGUGCUGCGCAUCGAGCCCGCCGCCGUCGUCGUCGAGUUCAUCAAGAGGAAAGGCAAGGACCGCGAGGAAAAGGUCGUAGAAAUUUGUAAAAUAUCCAAAGAUGGUAUGAAAAUUAUUAUUUACUCUGUCGAUCAUCGCAAAGAGAAGUACAACGUAUUAAACGAUCACGACCCCAGUCCGGACGAGGUGUUCUCGUAUCACAAUCUGCCACAGAAACACUGGAAGAAGUACUUGUAUGCGUCUCGUUUCGUUGACCUUGUGAAGGCGAAAACACCUAAAAUCACUUUGUACUCGCCAUUGGCUAAAUGCCAGCUGAUGGAGAACGGGACAGACAUUGAGAUGUUCUUCUACAAUGGUGAAAAGGUAACAUUCAGUUCAACGGAUGGCUUGAAAGUGAUAGAUAAGAAUUUGAAGACACACUGUAAUCUUUCUUCAUCUCCUGAUUUAAAAUAUCUGAGUGAUCACUUUGAGGAGUGCAGCAGUAGGAUGAAGCGAAUACAGGGUGCUCUGUCGUGUAUCCCUGACGAGUGUUUUCCUCUGAUAAUAGGCCGGCGUCCUGUGCCGGGGGGCGGAGCGGGGGGCGCGGCGCAGGGGGGCACCCCCGCCGGCGCCUGCCACACGCCGCUGCUGAACAUCGGCUCCUUCCACAGAACCGCCAGCUCCACGCAAGCCCACAGCGACUAUAAUAUCUAAACUAUGUCUUGUGUUAACUAUAAGACAAUUUCUUUAGAGAAUGCCUGUAUUUUUUUGUGAAGUGCCUUUGUUUCUUAUUAAGUAAUUUUAAUAGGAUUAUUUUAAUUAAGUGACAACUUAAUAUUUUAUUCAAAUAUAAGAAUUUUAUUUAAGAACUUACACAAUGUAUUUAAUUAGUAUUUGUUUCAUAGGUUAUUUUAUGAGGUAAAUGAUAAUAUAAAUGUAUUAUAG